UUGGAAGUCGAAUGGUGUAGAUUAAUUAGCUGCGGAGCGCAAUGUACAUCAAUUUAAUUCAGUUCACGCUUUUAGUCUUAUCUCCAGUGGCUCUUGCGGUUUCACGUACCUCAUGUGAAGAGGAUUAUUUCCAUUGUUUUGAAAGUGGAGAUAGAGUGAAUGAUUGUGAUAAUAGAAGAAUAUGGAUAAAGCCAUAUAAAAUCUGCAAUGGUAAGCUUGACUGUCCCAAUGGAGAAGAUGAGGCAAUAUUCGUAUGCAAGAGAGAUCCCAAUUGCGAGGAUCGGGAUUACUUUGCUUGUGCAACUGGUGGAAAGAUCAUGAGGGACUUUUCUUGCAAUAAUAUUGCCAAUGAGUGCUUUGAUAAUUCCGACGAAAUGUACUGCAAAUAUAAUCGAUUGGACACCAAAAAAUGGCAAGGAAAUUGCAGAAAUUCAGAAAUUGAGUGCUUACCGGGAGAGUGCAAAAGUUUGGAGUUGACCUGUAAUGGCAACCACGAUUGCAGCAAUGGACUAGAUGAGAGUCUAGAGAUUUGUUUCGGCAAUUGUACUGAAAACGAGUUUCAAUGCGGCAAUGGCAGAUGCAUUUCAAAGAACUUAUUGUGUAAUUCAAACUACGAUUGUCCUGAUGGAGCCGAUGAAUUACCCGUGGUUUGUACAAACAAUUGCGAAUUGCAGAAUCCAAAUGAAUAUAGAGCUCCAAAAUCCUGUAAAGAACCGAAAUCUCCAAAAUUUGCCUACAAUGUAACUUUUGAUUAUAAAAGGGAUAAAGAAGGAAAAUAUGUCCUACCCAAUACUCCAGUAAAGUUCGAAUGCCGCCCAUAUGAGGAUCUACUUGGUUCUGAUUGGAAUGUCUGCAAACCAAAUGGCGAAUGGGCGCAUCCAUUGGCCAAAUGCAGAGAUCCACUUAUUAAUGGUUGUUUUUUGCAACCUAUUAAAGAAGGUCGACCCCACCUUUAUCGAUGCCUCAAUGACACAUUGGCAUCCUGUGACAUAACCACCGAAUUAACACCACCGAUCAAUAAUUUGAGGGUACUUUUGAUUUGCAAAGAAGGAUUUUAUAUUGAUCCACCAUUCUAUGCAACACAUACUGCCGAAUGCAAAGACAAAAAAUGGAAGGACAAGGAACCGAAGUGUUUAAAAAAUUCAUCGAUAUUUUUCUAUGAUGAGAGUGGAACACAAUAAAUCAUUUAA